AUGUCUGUGAAGAACGCGUAUAUCUUUGACACAAACAAAUGGUAUGCCAUCGAAGGGACGUCCGUUAGCUUUAGGUGCAAACCUGGCUUCGAGUUCGUCACCGAUCCGUUUCGCACAUGUCUUGACAACUCAAAGUGGGAUCAAACGGCACCCAUAAAUCAUUACAGCUUGUAUGGAACGAUGAAGUAUAACGAGAAUAACAUGGCGUGCGUUAUAUCCCCCGACAAUAUCCAACUCGAUAACCAAACCCUAGCCCUAACUGUUAGGCCCGAGAAUAACACCAAACACAACAUACCCGACGAUAAGCCCCUGUUCUCACGGCCCGAGCUAUUAGUGAACUUUGAUUGGCGUACGACCAGCUAUUUAGUAAUAAGGGCGGCAUUACCACAGGGUCAACUAUUAUACCCAUUUGUACUCGUGAGAAUCAUGGUGUACGAGAUGAUUUAUGGCAUUCCCAUAAUCAGUCCCAUUGAAUACAUUGACGACUGGGAUGCGAGACAGACUAGAACGCAAAUUCUCAACGAGGACCUAGCUCAAUUUCAUACGUACACCAUCGAGUGGAACGAUACUCAUUAUGAAUGGAGUUUUGAUUAUAAAUACUCGUAUACUAAUCAUUAUAAUCCGCUUAAUGUGAAUAGCACGUUUAUUGGACCCCGAGCGGAAUUGAUAACCGAGGUGAAAUUUGGCAUAAAUAAAGGCGAUAUGUUUGUCUCAAAUGAUUACCUGAAGUGGAAGUGUUCGGCACUUAUCAUAGAUUAUGUUCGCCUCUAUCGACGGGCUGAUGAUAAUACAGACCUUUCGUAUGAUACACUACAUGACAGCACUGCCACCGCCCCCGAGAUUUGUAAGACUAUUAUGGAUGAUAUCGUUGGAAAGGAGCGCAUAUUUGAUACCGUAACGGAUAUACAUGGAUAUAAUACUAAUUCAGAAAAGUCAAUAGUGGUGAUAAUCAGUUUGGUUUUGGUGUUGACGUCAGUAUCCGGCUUAAUAUUCAUGUAUUGCAAGCAUAAGAGACUGAAACGGAUUAACCGAGAGAUGGUGUCCGAUGUUUACGACGACAACCGUUUGGAUGACUACGAAGAGUGCGACUAUAAUAUUGAUCACAAAUACGAAGAGCCAUACGAUACGAGUGGUCAUUCAAAUAAUGUGGACCCGGAUGGCCCCCCAAUUUAUCUGGAAAUAACUAAUACAACUCGUAUCUAA